AUGAAUUGUAGGCCAAGUGGAAGUGCCAUUGAAGUUGCCGUCUUUGCCUGGCUGUGGCUGCACGCGGCGGGCCGGGGACAGCAACAGAGUCUGGCGUUGGGCGUCUGGCAGCCGACGCUGGGCGGCUACUACCUGGACAAUGGCACCCACUAUCUGCUGUACGAGAGGCCGAUGGUGACGCGGCCCAGCUUCCUGUCGCUCUCCCAUUUUGGCAACAUCUCCAGCAACCCGGGCGUGAAUGCCCUGGAGACUCUGGACCAUCUGCCCACCAGAAUUGUGGGUGGCAAGAGGAUCAAGUGCUCGAGGGCGCCCUACCAGUGUGCCAUCAACUACGAGAAAUACUUCAUCUGCGGCUGUGUGAUCCUGAAUCAUCGUUGGAUUCUCACCGCCCACCACUGCAUCGUGGGCGGGGCCGGGAAGUACCAGGUGCGGGCGGGCACCACACAGCAGAGGCGCGGCGGCCAGCUUCGCAGCGUCCAGAAGAUCAUCGUGCAUGCCGGCUACAACGGCUACACCAUGAGGAACGAUCUGGCGAUGAUGAAGCUCCGCAAGCCGCUCAGGUACAGCCGCUGCUGUCAGCCCGUGCGCCUGCCAUCGCGGAAAAUUAAACGCUUUCCACGCUGCUACCUGGUCAGCGGCUGGGGCUUGGCCUCGGUCAAUGCCCAAAAUGUGCAGCGGUAUCUGCGCGGCGCGCGUGUCUGCAAGGUGAGCCGCGGCAAGUGCAACAAGAUGUACAAGGGCACCGGCGUCAGGAUCUACAAGGAUAUGAUCUGCGCCGCGAGACGGGGCAAGGACAGCUGCUCCGGUGACUCUGGGGGUCCACUGGUCCACGGGAACACCCUCUAUGGCAUUGUGUCCUUUGGCAUUGGCUGCGCCAACCGCAAAUAUCCGGGCGUCUAUUGCAAUGUGAAGCGAUAUGUGCCCUGGAUAAGGAAAGUCAUGCGCAAGUAUUAG